UGCUUGGGCUGGUCGGUACCAAUGGUAUCGGGAAAAGCACGGCUCUCAAUAUCCUGGCAGGCAAAGUGAAACCAAACUUGGGGCGAUACGAAGAUCCUCCAGAUUGGACUGAAAUUUUGAAGUAUUUUCGUGGGUCGGAGCUCCAGAACUACUUCACAAAAAUUUUGGAAGAUAAUUUGAAAGCGCUCAUCAAGCCCCAAUGUUGGAUGGGAAGCAGCAGAGAGAUAACAAGGCCGAGAUUUGUGGCCUUCUCGAGCUGAAUGAAGUUCUCCAGCGGCAGCCUGCCCAACUCUCUGGUGGGGAACUACAGCGCUUUGCUAUUGCGAUUGCAUGUAUCCAGGAAGCUGACGUGUACAUGUUUGAUGAACCGUCAAGUUACCUCGACAUCAGGCAGCGUCUACAGGCUGCUCGUGUCAUUCGCAACUUGUUGGGUCCUGAUCGCUAUGUCAUUGCUGUCGAACACGACUUAUCUGUGCUUGAUUAUCUAUCCGACUUCAUAUGUUGCCUCUACGGGAAAUCUUCGGCAUACGGCGUUGUGACGAUGCCUUCGUCCGUUCGGGAGGGUAUUAACAUCUUCCUCGACGGGUUCAUUCCUACUGAAAAUCUGCGAUUUCGAGAUGACGCACUAUCAUUCAAGCUGAGCGAAAACGCUGAGGAGCUCAUUUUGGACAAGUCGCGCCGAUACAGCUACCCGGCAAUGACCAAGACCAUUGGUACCUUCAAACUCACCGUCGAACCCGGAAGCUUCACCGACUCUGAAAUAAUUGUCAUGCUGGGAGAGAACGGGACUGGGAAAACCACCUUUGUCAAGCUCCUGGCUGGUGAUGCGCCUGAUAUUGAGACCGACAAGCAGACUUUUCUUGUAUCGCUUAAGCCCCAGAAGAUUGCUCCGAAGUUCCCUGGUAGCUUCCAAACUGAUGUCGUCAAACCAAUGAGCAUCGAACCUAUCCUUGACAACGAUGUGCAAACCUUGUCUGGUGGUGAGCUCCAACGAGUUGCCAUUGUGUUGGCUCUAGGCAAGCCGGCGGAUGUGUAUCUUCUGGAUGAGCCAUCUAGUUUCCUCGACGUUGAACAGCGUAUUCAAGCUAGUAAGGUCAUCAAGCGGUACAUCCUUCACGCCAAAAAAACUGCUUUCGUCAUCGAGCACGACUUCAUCAUGGCAACUUACCUUGCUGAUCGCGUGAUUGUCUUUGGGGGAAAACCUGCUGUGGCCGCCACCGCCACUCCGUAUGAACAAGUUCUUGGCAUCUUUGGAAAUCACCUUCCGCCGUGAUCCAACAAAUUAUCGCCCCCGUGUCAAUAAACUCAAUAGUGUGAAGGAUAAGGAACA